AUGUUUACCUCCAGCGGCUGCCGCUACGCCGUGCUCGCCAUACUGGCCUUCGCGCCAUGCUGCAGCGCGGCAGCCAAUCAGUGCUGCAAGUAUAGCCCGACAGCGACGUUCGACACACUCGGCUUUUUCAGAAGCCUCCACAAAGAGCACGGUGUUAAUGCCUACUGCUUCUUUGGAGGACUCGUCGGUGCCAAGGACACCUAUGCUCUCACUUUCCUCAUUCAAAAGGUUCCUCCCUUCCUCUCCAUCGUGCCGGUCUACGAACUUGGUGGAGGCUUCAACACAAAGACAAUCCAAACGUACGACCUCGAUGCAAGCGUGACGGUCAGCGCGACCGUGGAAGGAGGCGAUGGGAAGAAGCCUUGGACCGCCCAGUCCUCGUCGCUGCUUACGGGCUUCGAGCUCUCCGUCUCCGCAGUCGGAGACAGCGCAGUUCCCGGACAGGCAGGUGUCGGGUACGACCUGAAGGUCCACUCCAAAAAGAAGGACUUCGACAUCGUGGUGCGCUUCAGGGACAUGAUGGGCGUGGUGCGCCAGGGCUUCGGGCCCGACGGCUUCUUGCCCAACUGGCUCUCAGAGGAGCAGAGAGAUGCGGCAAACUCCAAGUUCGGGGGGGCAGUCGACCGGUACUUGGCCGGGACGCCCAAUGCCACCCUGGAUUGUCAGGGUUCUUACUACUUUUCAAUGCCGCUCCUUCAGGUGGAGAGUUUCGAGAUUCAGCAGGCCGGGAAGGUCGUGGAUUCCGGAAAAUCGGGAAUGCUCUGGUCCGACUACGUCGUCCAGACCUACGACGACAAAGGCAAGGCACUCCUCAAGAACGUGAGCUGGCAAUUCUUCGCGCUGCAGUUUCCCGACGUCCGCUCCGCGAUGAUGAUCACAGCGGUGAACACAGCCGACGGUGUCUUUCAAGAAGCAAGCCUCUUCCAGGGAAGCGGCGACAACCGUACCACGUGGACGCUGGACAACGUCAAGAUCUCUCCGAGGGGACAGCCCUGGACGAGUCCGGCCAGCCACGACCGCUACUACCUCUCCUACGACGUGACCAUGAAGAACCCGGAUGCCCAGGUGUCGCUCGAGGUGGAGUGGCCUGAGCAGGAGGUGGGCCUGGGGAAGAUUUUCAAGUAUGAAGGCCUGGCUCGCGCCACUGCGCGCUGGCCGGGCGGAGGCUCCUCCCAUGGCACCGGCUGGGUGGAGCUUCAGCCGCUGGGUCCUGUCGAAGGCAGGUCCAGUGGCCGGCUGUCUUCUAUUCUUUUCACCUGA